CUCUUUCUUUAAGCCGCAACAAUACCGAUGCACACACUGUUUCCACGCGCCUUUCUCAAUGCGGCCACCGAGACCAAACCCAUGCCAGAGGGUACAAUCGUAAGUUUGUCUCCAUCUCUUUCCCGUUACGCUUCCCCCACUGUUUUCACGCAUUUCAUUCUAGGAGGAAGAACCCUGUUCCCAUUAAUCGCCAUUCCACCCGCUGCCAGUUGAGAAAAGGGCAAUCAAAGAGAAACCAGAUAUGGGGCUUCUUUCCAACAGAGUCAAUCGGGAGAGCUUGAAACCGGGUGAUCAUAUCUACUCUUGGAGGGCCGCUUAUAUCUAUGCCCAUCAUGGCAUCUAUGUUGGAGAUGGCAGAGUUAUUCAUUUCACCAGAAGAGGUCAAGAAGUAGGAACGGGGACUGUGCUUGAUGUCUUACUGGUAAGUUCAGGACCUGCUCGAUCUUUCGUGCCAUGCCCUACUUGCAUUCCUCUAGAAGAAGGGAAUGGGGUUGUCUCCUCAUGCUUGAACUGUUUUCUUGCUGGUGGGGUGUUGUAUCGUUUCGAGUAUGGUGUUAGUCCCGCUCUUUUUCUGGCCAAAGCUCGAGGUGGAACUUGCACCCUUGCUAGCUCUGAUUCAGAUGAUCUCGUGGUCCAUCGAGCAAAAUACCUACUUGAAAAUGGCUUUGGAUGCUAUAAUGUAUUCAAGAACAACUGUGAAGACUUUGCAAUAUACUGCAAAACUGGACUACUUGUGGUUGAUCAGAGGACCAUGGGACAAAGUGGGCAAGCAGUUUCGAUCGUUGGAGGACCUCUUGCAGCGGUUCUUUCAACACCACUGCGUCUCGUGACAACCAAUGUUUAUGGAAUGGCAGCAACAGCCGUUGGGGUGUACUGUGCCAGUAGAUAUGCUGCUGAUAUUGGGAUGAGAAAGGAUGUGAUGAAGAUACCUGUGGAGGAUUUGACACAAAGGCUGGCCACAGGCCUUAUCCAGGUGGUUGAACCACAGAUUUUACCUGCAAUGUCGCCGGAGUCUCACCUGCUUACGAGCAGAUAAAUAAGUUACCAUCGAAACUGUUGUGAAAUGCAAACUGUUGCAAAACAAAAUAUUUGUGGCAAGUUAAGAACUUUAAUGUGUUGGGGAGUUCUUUUUAAAAUAUAUGGGAGGUCUUAAAUUUAUUAGGAAAACAUGAUCAAGUUAUAGGAGGGUUAUUUGAUUAUAAUCGCUGAAACUUCGUCUCCAAUAAAUUUCUUCAUCAAAGCUUGUUCUCC